UCUCAUACCACUUUGUAAGUGUUACCGUUCCUGUACUGACUAUAUAAGGAGGAGAGAUGCACCCCACUGUUUACUUGUUGCUGAUUUAAUCUCUUCGCGUUGAACGUCAGCCCUGAGCUUUUUCUAUUGAAAUCAAGCUGAAUCUCUUGGCUCCAGACCAUUUUUUUUCCCAUUUACUUUGAAACCGAAGCUGCCUUUUGAACCGCCCUGGGUUUGGACUCACCGGCCGGCUGUUGCUGGAGAGGAAACGUUCGCGGAGCGUGGGGAAUUUCUGGGUGGGCUUGUUUUUCUCGACCGUUUUUUGGCGUUGUCUUUCCUCGGCGCGUCAUGGCGGAGCACAGAAAGGUACCGCCUCGUCCCCUCUUUCGCAGGGACGUGAACUGGGACCCCUUCCGCGACUGGGCGCAGCCGAGCCGAAUCUUCGAUCAGGAUUUCGGGUUGCCCCCUUUUCUGGAACCCGGGGACCUGAGCUGGAUCGACUGGGCCCGGAGACGGAUGUCGACUUCCUCCUGGCCGGGGUACACGCGCGCCCCCCUCUUCGCCCCGACCGAUGCUGCUGCAAGACCCUCGCCGCCCAGCCCCCAGCUCUGCCUCCAGAUCAGAGGGGUGUCCGAGAUCAGGACGGGCCCUGACAGCUGGAAGAUCGGUCUCGACGUCAGCCACUUCUCACCCGAGGAAAUCACCAUCAGAACCAAGGAGGGUUACCUGGAGAUUGCAGGGAAGCAUGAAGAGAGGCAGGAUGAACAUGGAUUUGUCUCCAGAUGUUUCACAAGAAAAUACAAGCUCCCUCCUGGAGUGGAUCUUCAGCACAUCAGCUCAUCCCUGUCCAGAGAUGGUGUGCUGGCCGUGGAGGCUCCCCUGCCUCCUCCGGCCCCCGUGCUCCCCACGGAAAUCGUAAUACCCAUUCAGGUGGAGGAGGAGGAGGCGGCGCCGAUUCACAGCAAACGGAGACCAGAUAAGAGGGAGAAAGCAGAGGUGGGGAAAGAAACAUCUCCUUCCGUUAGAGAAUGGAAGGAGGGAAGCAUGGCUGGUGAGGAGAAACCACAAACAUAAGGGUCUUCGCUGAAGGUCAAGGAGCCAGGCAGCACCGAAGGGCCUUGUCCACAUACACGAAUUACACCAAGCUUUGCUUCUCAGCCGUCCCUAAUAAACAGUCCGAUGUCUCCAACGGGCUCAGUAAUCCAGGCCUUAGAAGCAAAUUUAGGUUAAACUAAUCAUACAAGGUGACAUGUUUCAUGAGUCCAUGUUAACAGGAAGAUUACAAAGCAUCACACCUAAGGGCGUCUUACCAACUGAGAUCAGUGGAAUCUGUUCACAGACCAGGUCCCAAGAGCUACGCAAUCGUAAUCCGAUUUAUUUCACAUAUAAUAACAACUCCUAUUGAAGCAGUCAACAUCUUGUUAGUUCCUACAAGUCACCCCUUUAUACAAGACUGCAUGCAAAAACUUAUCCAGAGAUGACAAAAAUGCUGACCAGACAUUUAGUGAUCUUAAACAU